AUGGGGAUAAAGAGGCCGGCGCAAUGCGAUUGCGCAGCGGCUGCCGCCGCCGCGACGGUGGCUCUGCUUCUUCUCCUCCACCUCCAGGGAUGCGUCGCGCAGGGGCUCACGCGGGGGAGCUUCCCCGAGGGGUUCGUCUUCGGCACCGCCUCCGCCGCCUACCAGUACGAGGGGGCGGUGAAGGCUGACGGGCGAGGGCAGACCAUCUGGGACAAGUUCGCGCACACCUUUGGAAAGAUCAGUGACUUCAGCAAUGCCGAUGUGGCCGUGGAUCAGUACCACCGUUUCGAGGAGGACAUACAGCUCAUGGCAGACAUGGGGAUGGACGCGUAUCGCUUCUCCAUCGCGUGGGCGAGGAUUCUCCCAAAUGGCGUUGGUCAAGUCAACCAGGCCGGCAUCGACCACUACAAUAAGCUGAUCAAUGCGCUGCUCGCUAAAGGGAUUCAGCCGUAUGUGACCCUCUACCACUGGGACCUCCCUCAGGCCCUGGAAGACAAGUACAUCGGGUGGCUAGACAGGCAGAUUGUCAACGACUUCGCGGCCUACGCCGAGACGUGCUUCAAGGCGUUCGGCGACCGGGUGAAGCACUGGAUCACGGUGAACGAGCCGCACACCAUGGCGGUGCAGGGCUACGACGCCGGCCUGCAGGCUCCCGGCCGCUGCUCCGUGCUGUUCCACCUCUACUGCACGCAGGGGAACUCCGGCACCGAGCCCUACAUCGUCGCCCACAACAUCAUCCUGGCCCACGCCGCCGCCGCCAGCAUCUACCGGAGCAAGUACAAGGCGACGCAGAACGGGCAGCUCGGGAUGGCGUUCGACGUGAUGUGGUUCGAGCCGAUGACGAACAGCACGAUCGACGUCGAGGCGGCGAAGCGGGGGCAGGAGUUCCAGCUCGGGUGGUUCGCCGACCCCUUCUUCUUCGGCGACUACCCGGCAACGAUGAGGAAGCGGGUCGGGGAGCGGCUGCCGAGGUUCACGCCGCAGGAGUCGGCGCUCGUCAAGGGGGCGCUCGACUUCGUGGGCAUCAACCACUACACCACCUACUACACCAGGCACAACAACACCAACAUCAUCGGUCGGCUGUUCAACGACACGCUGGCCGACACCGGGACCCUCAGCCUGCCAUUCAGAAACGGGAAAGCGAUUGGAGAUAGGGCGAACUCGAUAUGGCUGUACAUUGUGCCGAGAGGUAUGAGAAGCCUGAUGAACUAUGUCAAGGACAGGUACAACAGCCCACCGGUCUACAUCACCGAGAAUGGGAUGGACGACAGCAACAGCCCAUUCAUUUCCCUCAAGGAUGCCCUCAAGGACGCCAAGCGGAUCAAGUACCACAACGACUACCUCGCCAAUCUAGCUGCCUCUAUAAAGGAGGACGGGUGCGACGUGCGCGGGUACUUCGCGUGGUCUCUGCUGGACAACUGGGAAUGGGCGGCCGGGUACACGUCCAGGUUCGGGCUCUACUUCGUGGACUACAACGAUAAUCUCAAGCGAUACCCCAAGAACUCGGUGCAGUGGUUCAAGAGCCUCCUCAGCUCCAGUUGAGACGGGAGAUCAAGGAAGCAAUUGUUUGGGUAUUAUUUUCUUCUCGUGCAGUGCCACGGAAUGUCUUUGCUGUCGUCAAGUGUGUAAUGUUCGUAACAUUGGGUUAAGGUGCAACAGGCGUCAGGUGUUUCAGAAUUAGAAGGUGCCUUCUUUCUGAAUUGUAUAGCUACUUCUACCUGUGGUGAUUUGUGAACGUUCUCUUUAUAAAUAUAUAGGCACAAAGGCAGACUUGUACCAA